CUUCUCAAGUCAUCAUCAUCUCCGAUCGAAGCUAAGGCACCACCUACCGGCCUCAGCUCCCUUAAUCGAUCACUCCCACCGCUCUUAUCUAUCAUGUCCGGCGUUUGGGUGUUCAACAACGGCGUGGUCCGGCUGGUGGAGAACCCGGGCGACUGCCAGGGCCGGAAAAUGCUGGUCCACCUCCCGACCAACGAGGUUAUAACCUCGUACGCCGUCCUGGAGCGGAAACUGUUCGCCCUGGGCUGGGAACGCUACUACGACGACCCAGAACUCCUCCAGUUCCACAAGCGAUCGACGGUUCACCUCAUUUCCCUUCCCAAGGAUUUUAAGAAGUUCAAGUCCAUCCACAUGUACGAUAUUGUCGUCAAAAACAGGAAUGAAUUCGAAGUCAGAGAUAUGUAGACAUAUAUAUGUCUGCCUGUCUCUCUCUACCCAUUAUCUAUCUAUCCCAAUUCUUCUCUCUCUCUCGUUUGUUUUUUGUUUUUGAUUUUUUUGGGUGCCAUUUUAGUUAGUUCUUGUCUGGGGUGUUUUGUAAUUUCUGUACUUUUUUUUGUUUUGUUUUGUUUUGUUUCUUUUUAAGUUGAGGCCAUGAUCUGAACAAGGUGAUGCCUCGUACAAAAAAAUUACAGCUUGUAAAAUUUCACAAAAUUGGGUGACAUGCUUUCUUGAGUGCUUUGAUUAUUCCCUAGCUAAUUGCAAUCCAUGUUCCAUACAAUUAUAUAUAAAUAAAUAUUUUAUUUAUAAAA